CAGCAAUGGCGGAUGACGGGAGUACAACUUGGGACUGUUUGUGGUAUCUUCAAGAACGUUUGAAACAAGAGAGACUGUUUGUCAACAAAGAGAAAGCUGAAAUAUCAAACCUUAACAUAGAUAUACAGUCAACUUGUGAAAGACUCUACCAUUUGUCUUGGAUAACUCGGCAACAAUGGAAGGUGGUUCAGCGAGUGAGGGCUUCACCUGAAGAAUGUAGCCAGGUCGUAAAGAGGCUGGAUUCUGCCCGCUUUGUGGACGCUUCAAGACAUCUUGGCUACUUAGAGUCAAAAUACUGGGAAUUUUUUAAGGGACUGAGAGAGAAUCCCUCGCUUGUCGCGUCCAAUUUGGCUUAUGCGGACAAAAUUAAUUUAGAUACCUCUCAGCUGGUUCGUUUGUUGUUGAACUCUCUGUAUGGGAAUUGCCUUCUUCCGCGAGAUGAAAAUUAUGUGUUGAUGCUAAUGAAACACCUGAUCGAUUUGAAAAUCACAGGAGAUGACAACCCUGAAAAAUUUCUUCAGCAUCGACGGAAUUCAUUUACUUCGCUGUUUGGGAUUUUAAUCGAGAGCUUGUUCUCCGCAAAGUUGUAUCUGACAGCGGCUCUACAUGCACCCAUUAUGCAAGUACUCUCGGAAGAUUCACUUUUACAGAAGCGCUUACCCCUCAAGUGCACUAAAUUUGUGGAAAACCUUAAAGCGAAACUCUAUUGUUUUCCUCAAAGCUUGCGAUGGUUAAUGUGUCAGUUUGCAAAUAUUCUUUCUUCCCAUGGUAUGAAGGACAAGGAAGUGAGGUCGAUGGUAUUAAAUCUGUUAUUUGAUUGCCUUGUUUGUCCGGCUAUAAUUCGACCUGAGCAGUUUGGCAUCACGUCUGAUGUUCAAAUCAGUGAAAUAGCCUCACAGAACUUGCAAAGCAUAGCUUCCUGUUUGCAGAGCUUGCACUCUCAUUUAUAUUCCUCAGAAGGUGAGGAUGUAAGAAAUUUGGACAUGUUUUCAAGGAUAGAUCCAGUUUGUGUGACUUCAUUUUUAGAUGCCAUAUUGGAGAACCAAAAGGACACUCAAGAUUUUCCAAACCACAAGUCCCUUCCUGGCCUUUGUCGUAAUUCAGUUCUCAUAACAGAAAAUGAGCUGCAUGCAUUGACAAGCUUUCUUAGAAUGGUUCAACACAGUGAAGACUACAGAGAUGAUGUUAACCGCAAGAAGCUGGAAGAGUUACUCCAUCCUCUGCCACCCCAACCAGAGAUUAGUCCUGUGGGGCCCAUUGCAGAUUCACUAACACAUCCAAUUUCAGAGUCUUUAACAGAGAGUCCAAAGACGCCAAAAAAGAAACGGGCUUUCAAAGUAAAAAAAGAAGAGAAACCCCAGAAGCAAAGCCUGGGAGAAACUCAAGCAGCUGAGUUUGAAGGAAAGAUAAUAAAGCAGCAUAACCCUUUAUGUGUUGAAAGCAAAUCAGAAGGGUUCAAGAGGGAGUUUCUUCAGCGGAUGCCACUAAUGUUGAAGGAAGAUGAAGAGGUGUUAGUGAUCUCACUUGGCUAUUCUGGUAUUGAAUGUCCUGGCUUGCAGUCUGAGGAAAAAGUUCUUGGCAUUAAAAAGCCAUCCAAGAAUGAAGCAGAAACAAGUAAAAACUUCAGACCAAGGAGCAGUUCUUCUCAGUUUUCCAAGCAUAUUUUUUCAGACAAAUCUGUCACAAAGAAAGGGAAACAAGGCUGUUACAAAGAUGAAAGUGAUGACAAGGAAAUACUAACCACACAUCAUAAUGACAGAGAGCUUUCAGCGGCACCUCAGCAAAUCAUUGCUGGUUCUCUUAACCAAGAGAGCAGUGCUGAUUUGCCCAAAUCUGACACAAGUGAGAAAACAGGGACAGAUCCUGUUGAUUUGCUUCUCAGCAAUUCUGAUUCCACAACACAUAGGACACCAGAUGUUCUGGAAGGAGAUGCAUCAAAAAUGCAAGACUCUGCCAGUGUUGAUUUGAUUGAUUUUGAAAGUGAGAGUCCACAGCCUUUAUCCCCAGUUUCACCAGGAAAUUUCACUGAAAACACUCCAGUAGAGAAACAGUUCCCUCUUGCAUUAGAAAAUCAUGCUGCAGGUAACAGAGAUAGUGCCAUCAGCAGUAGUAGUAGCACACGCAUUAGUUCCAUCAGUACCACAAGUACACGUAGUAGUGGAGUGGAGUUCACCAAAGAGUGCAUUUUUGUAGAUAGUGGCCAUGGUGACAUUUUAGAGGAGAAUUCUAACGUGAAUUUGUCUGGUAUGGAACCCCAAGAUGCACCUCCUGAUGGGUUCCGAAAACGCAGUGUUGUCCUUAGUGACCAUGAGAAAAGAGACAGCAGGAUCAGCAAUCGUGAAAGUACAAGUAGUAGCACAUUGACUGGCUUCUAUGGAGAAGGAUCCAACCGAGACAGCCAAGCAAGUUUCUUGAGCUUUGAUUCAGAGUUUCCACCUCGAAGCGGGUCGUCAAGCACAGCUGAUGAUGAACGCGAGGUACCUGUCCCCAGGGAGAAGAAAGGCUCCCGAGCAGCCUCUUUGAAGCGACAUUUUAGGAGCAGGAAAAAGACCAAAGGGAAAGGCCCCUUUGAUGGGCCACUCAAUGUGGAGAGUGAUGAGCAGAGUGUGAAGAAAAAGGAAGGGUUCUUUGGAAAGAUAAGAACUGUUCGUGAGAACAGAAAGACUAAGAUGAGUGGGGAGAAAGCAUUUGUGAAACUGGCUGAGAAAACACUGGACCCUUUUAAUAUCACCAAAAGAAUGGCACACCCAGAAAUGGAAGAGAAAACACCUAAAGACAUUGAGAACGUAAUAAAAAAAUACACAGAUAUUGCACGUUCUACUGCAGAAGAAGGAAAGUUGAAUGUUGCAGAUGGUGAUGAUGAUGAUGAUGAUGAUGAAAGUGAUGAGGAGGACGAUGAUAUUGUUGAUGAGGAGGAAAAAUUUGAAAACUCCAAGAAAAAACUAAGACUGGUGCUUUGCCAAGCUGACUUUCAAAAUCUUCCCAUGGUUCAUUCAGAAAACAAGAUGCCAGAAAAAAGUGUGAGUGGUAAAUCUCAAUGUCAAGAACUGUUGACAUUCCUCCAUGUACAACUUGCUGAAGCAAUUAAUCUUCAAGACAGAGCUCUGUCUGCUCAGUUACAUGAGACAAUAAGGAGUGUGAAGGACCUUCCACCACAAAGCUUUGCUAGACUUCUGGAAUCACUACAGGAGGAUUAUAAGGCCCGUGCUCCAUACUUAGCGUACUUGGUCAAUGCACAUCAAGGAUUAUUAGCAACUCAUUCACACUUGGAGAGAUUAGUAGAAAGAGUGGAAAGAGACAAAAUCAUUUGCCGCACCUACUUUACAACCUCUUGUGUGAAGCUAUUUCUUGAGUCAAAGGAGAAAGGAGAGAUUAACAAAUUUACCCAGGAUUUCCAAUCGUUGCCAACACCGGAUGAAAAGUGUGCAUUGCUUGAGGAAUUCCUAGAGACAUUAGGGGAGGAGAUGGAAAAGCAUCCCAUCUGGUCAGGUGUCAGUGAAGAGCAAUUUCAGGAUUCCUUGGUGGCAAUAGAACGUGCCAUCAUGAGCAGUAUUUACAUUUCUGCAUUUUACCCUUUUGGUGGAGUAGACCAACAAAUAGAUAGCACAUUUCAUGAGCAUGUGAUCAACCUGCAGAAAGUUAUUCAUCCCAAUCACAAAGCUGUAAGAGUCCCCAAGAUGUACCGCAAGGAAGCACCCUGGGAAUCAGCUCAGAAAGAACUGCUUGCAAUUAAUGCGUACAAGACACCUACAGACAAACUUAAGUGUGUCAAGCGUUGUUGUGUCACCAUUAUGAACCUGUUGUGUUUAGCAAGUGAAACUAGUGUGCCUGGUGCAGAUGAAUUUGUUCCAGCCUUGGUGUAUGUGGUAAUACAUGCAAAUCCCGAAGGCCUCCUGUCUACUAUGCAAUAUGUUAAUAACUUCUAUGACAAGAGGCUCAGUGGGGAAGAGGCCUAUUACUGGAUGCAGUUUUGUGCAGCUAUCGCCUUCAUCAAAACAUUGCGCUAUGGUUCUAACUAAAGCAAUUUGAGGUUAAAAGAUUUAUCAGACACAAUUUUGAAAGGGAGAACUCAACUUGAUUUUGAAAGAAGACAGUAGAGAGUUGAAAAGGCAAAAGAAAAUGAAGGAGCUGGUUCAUUUUGUUAAAGUGAGAAAAGGUUGAUCCAAAGAUACAGCAAAGUGACUCCGGAGCCAGCUAAUGAAGUCUACCAAAAUGUACUACUUUACCAAAAUGUACUACUUUAACAAAAUGAGUUGUCUGAGAUGAACUUGCGUAGGUACUAAAAGUUAGAAUCACCUGAGACCACCUGAAACCAUCUGAAACCACCUGAAACCAUCUAAGACCACAAAGGAAACCUUCAAGGAAACAUUCCAUUGUUCUUGUUGAAAACACACUCAAUUAGCUCUACAAAUGGCUGGGAGUUGCACGGGAAAAUGCAAAUUAAUUUCUUGACAAAGCACUUGCGUGACAAUAUCAACAUGCAAUCGCGAAUGCAAAGAAGAAACUGUUUUAAAUCGAAAGAAAUACAUGAAGUUGUUUCAACGGGAUCAUGCAAAUUAUAAAUGAAAAAGCCCAGGAAGGCCUGAAGACUUUCAAACCUCCUAAGGAAAUUUUGAACAUUGUGUUUUUUUUUAAUCAGAGAUGAAUUCAUAUCGUGACGUAGAAUUUCACUGACUUUGUUUUUGCAAGAGUGAAAUAUAUGUGGAUUUUUUGCAAGGUAUUUUACUGCAAAUGACAGAAUAUAGCUGAUGAAUGGUGGCGUUAACUUCCGCUGCCUAAGUAAAUUGAUUAGAUAGUUGAGAUUUUGAGGAAAAAAAAGCCUAUAGCCCUGUUUGUGGUGCCUAUUCUGUACUGUAGGGCAUUAUAUAUGAUAUCCAUAAGCCAGGCUCCCCAUGGUUAAACUCAAUUGUUAACACUUAUUUUCUGGUGUUACCCAUAAUUUUUUAGGUGCUUUCAAGUUGUUUUAAAUUGUUUCAAGAUAUUUUCAGGUAAUUUCAGAUGGUUUCCUUGUGGGUUUCAGAUGGUUUCAGGUGGUUUCAUUGGUGGUUUCAGAUGGUUUCAGGUGGUUUCAGGUGAUUCCAACUUUUAGUACCUAUGGAUGAACUUGAUCAUAAGUGUAUCUAUAAUUAUGGCUUCUUUAAUUUAGACAUUUUACUGUCACUGUUACUUCAUUUGUCAUUUUUGAGACACGAACAGUUACCUUUGAAUCAAAGGAGAGCUGCAAGGUGAAAGGUAUCAAAAACAGACAGCUCUAAGAGGCAAAAAAUAUAUAUGUAGAAUAAGGGAAGAUUAAGUUGUUUAGUGACAAAGGAAUUUGAAAAUUAUACAUCACAUUAUUUUUACAAAUGUGCCAGUUGUUGCAGCAAGAGAUUAGGGUAAUAGAUUUCAUUAUUUUGUAAAUGUACUCUUGAUCUUAUGUGCUCUUACUUUUUUACAACAAGAAUUUUUCUUAUCACUAUACCAGUAAAUCCCAGAAAAGCCAUGUUUAUAUUUUGUCUCACAUUUCAAACCAUAACUUGAGAAAGCACUUAUGUUCAGUGAAAAAAAUUUGUAUUUAGUAUCUUAAAAUGUUGUAUGGUUUUAACUCCUGUUAUGUUUAUAACAGCAUAUGGGUAUAAACUUAAGAAAGAUAUCUUGACUUUUUAUUGGAAACUGUUUGGGAUAGUUUGUAAAAAAAGGGGUGUGUUUGGGACAGUGUGUUUACAUUUUCUUGUGAUAAUUAUUGGUUCAAGGUACACAUUCAAAAUUCCAGAUUUCCCCUGCUCAUUUGUAAGAUGUAGCAGCUCUAUGAUUAUUGAUAACCUGCCAUUUAGAAGGUAGAAGACAGCAUGGUGCUACCAAGCAGUUCCAUUGUAGGAGUCAAGAAUGUCAUGUAAACUUGAAAUGGAUUUAUUUUAUAUAACUUAAAAAUAAUUAAUUUUAUCCGAAGCAGUGCUACUCUACAAGCAAGCCCUUCGUCAUGACCACUGUAGCACAAGAAGUUUUUCACCUGGGAAUCAGUUCAAGGCCUUAGCCCUUGAACUCCCAGAAGUGAUUAACAUGUAAUUUCUCCCUAUAAUGUCCCUACUGAUUCUCAGGUGAUGAGAAUACUCAAACUUAUCUGGUAGAAGUUGAUAUCUUGGUGUAACACCAUUUUUACAAGGAAAUGUCUAUCAGCUAGAGGAGAGUGUUAAAAAUCUGAUUGUGGGAGAUAAAGGGUUAUGAAGCGAGCCCAUGAGAGGUCUAUAAGGAAUUUAUUAAGGCCCUGCUUGCAAGCUUAGGUGUUGAAAAAUGUGAAUACUCACACAUAGUGACAAUUUUUUUAUUAUUUUAGUUGAACUUGAGGAUUUUAUCAACCUGGUGUCUGAAGGGCUGUUACAAGUACUUAAUGAAUAAAUCAUAAUAAAUACUUAAUGAAUAAAUCAUUAUGAAGCUGAUAAGGUAGUUUUCAAACUGGUGUGGAGAGUAAUUUGGGAUUACAUUUAAUUUAGUAAUGCUCCACUGCACUGGUGAGGAAAUUCUGUUUAAUAAUCAGUGAGAGCCUCAUUAGUUGGUCAUCAUUCUUCUUACUCUCAUGAUCUUUGUUUGAUUCAGGGGUGACACUGUACUGAAAUAUAAGUUAGAGAGUGCAAUGGUGCCAAGUGGCUUAUCUAGCACAAGCUUGUGCAGGUUUCUGUAGCAUGAUGCAAGUAUUCCCCUCUGGAUGGGAUGCCAGUUCAUCAGAAGGUCACUCCCAACAUUUUAUCAGGCUUUCCUGACAAUUUACCUGAACCCAUUUGUGCUCCUGGAUGGAGAGAGGCACUGUGGAAGUAAAGGGUUUUGUCCAAGAACACAACACAAUGAGCUAGUUAGGUCUAUUACCUGGACCUAGUGACCUGAAAUUCAACACCCAAACUUGUAGGGCUACCUAUCUCACCUUAAAGUUAAAUCCUUGAUCAAUUAAAUUUGAUGGGGAAAGAUAGUUUUUCAUCUUGUUUCAAGUGUGAGACAAAAAAACAAAAUUUGCAUCCCUAUGAGGAAUCCAACCUUAGACCUUUAGUUUUCCUGCCCUGAUGCUCUACCACUGAGCCACAGACUCUAUGUUGGGCAAGACCUGUUACAAAGUUCAUACCAUGCAUGUCCUGCAUAAUGCCAAGAUUGGCACUAUUGAUAGCAUUAUGUUUUGUAAGUAGAAUAAGAAAGAUGGUAAGGAAUUGGAGUUUCUCAACAAGUCAAUGAUCUUCAUAUGUUUAAUCACCAGCAUUGUCUUAUUGUAUCAAACCCAAACUAUAAUUAUGCUAAAACAAUUAAUAUUGACAAUAAUAUAUUUAUUCACCUAUAUUAAAAAUUUAUGCUGCUAGUAACUCACAUAUGUACACUAACAAAAUAAGACCAGAAUUACACUUGAGUGUUUCUCCAAAACAACAUGUACACAUUUCAGUUUAUCCAUCCUUGUAAAAUAUGUAUGUCCACAAUACAACUAAUUCUUUUGUUUCUGUCACUGUGAAACAUGAAAAACAAAGUAGGUGGGUAGGUAGACUUUAUUUAGCCAGGGUGGCCCAUUCAGCAACAAGGCUGAUAUCCAGAGGGGACCUGGAAAGUAUGAGAAACUACAAAUGCCAAAUCAAUAAAACAUACAACAAAUAAGA